UUUUAUAUCCAGUUGAUAUAACAGUAAUAUCAUAUUUGAUUUCAUACAUUCUGCAUCUCUCUCACCGUUCAGGUGAUGUACGUCGGAUAAGCCUCGUCAAAUGAUCCGUUUCGUAAUGCGCUGCGUAUACUUUUGCAUCGUAGUUCUCUGGUAACAUACCUGGCGACGGAAAAAGCCAAGUCCAAAGUACAUACUUACUUGGCCAGAAAAAGAAACCAAGCCAACAUUACCAAGCAUUAGCAAGAACGAGCCCCUUGAAGCAUAAAAGACAACAUAACCCAGCGGUUUUUUGCGCGCAGUGCCAUUUUUCGUGAAGUCAGUAGAGUUUGGUCUUGAAGUCAGUUGCUGGAGAAGGAAACGGAGCUUGCUGCCGCCAACAUGGCUGACAAUGCCGUAUCCACCGUCGUUUUUUGGACCGCUACAACGGAGGUAGAUCCCGCGGUUCUAACCCUUCGUAUCCUCUACAAGAUCUUCACACAAUAUGUAUUCGCUGUGGUGGUGGUUCUAGCUCUCUUCGGGAACGUCAUGUCAAUUCUGGUGACUGUGCAGAAAGACAAUCGGAAGAUUUCUACUUGUAAUUACAUGACAGCUCUGGCUGUUGUUGACUCCAAUGUGACGAUAGCGCACGGAUGGGCAUUAGCCUGGAUCUUCUGGGCCCCUGCCGAGGACGCACCUUCUGAGUUGGCCAUGCAGGGGAUGUGGUACAUGUCGUACACCUCGGCAAUCCUUUCGGGUUUCUAUCUGGCCGCCAUGACCAUAGAUAGGCUGAUCGUCGUGCGGUUCCCCAUGUCCGCUCCCAGGCUCUGUACAUCACGCCGUGCAUGUAUUACGAUCGCCGCCAUCUUUGUAUUCUUCUGCAGCAUUAAUGUCUACAUGUUCUUCACGUUUAAGAUCGUCGAGAGUGAAUACACGGGCGGUACAAGUAUGGUAAAAAUACAAGUGCCAGAUGACCCCGACUUCGAAGUCCUUGGCAACGCUUAUCAACUAGCAAUCGGAACGAUCGCACCUUUCUGUAUUAUCGUUUUCUGUAAUCUCUGGAUCAUCUAUGUGUUACGUAAAGCUGCCAAAGAAACGGGCAAGAUGGGUGUGAACAAAGAUGGCCAAAAGACCCGUGAGAAGGAAACAGCCUACUUGACGAGAAUGCUGAUUCUUGUUAGUAUUGCAUACGUCGUGACGUCAAUUCCUUUCAGGUUGUAUGACGUCAUAAGUGUGAUCCCGCCGGUCAGGCUCACCGUUCAGGUGAUGUACGUCGGAUAA